AUGAAUUAAUUUAAUCUGAAUAAUUUAUUUGCUUUUUGGCAAUCUACUCCAAUAGUAAAUAAGUUAUUUAUAAUAAUUGCUGCGAUAUUUUUGAUCGUAGACCUUUUCAUAGGAGAUCAGCUCAAGUUUUAGCCAAUAUCUUUGUAAUAUGUUUGGAUCUGGUAAUUGAUAACAUCAGUAUUUGUUUAAGGUAAUUGAUUAAUAUUUUCAUAGGCCCCUUUUUCUCAUUUCUUUUUAAUUUAUGCUGUCUACCUGUUCUUAAUAACGCCGAAAGAAGAGUUGGAAGUAUAUUAUACUUGUUAGAAUUUAUAAUCAAAAACAGCAUUGGAAUGGUAUUGAUUUAUUUAAAUUUAGGCAUUUAUCUUUUUACUUGCUAAGCUUUAUUGUUUAUUAGUUAAUUAUGAUAAGGAGAUGAUGUACUCCAAUCAUUUUGGGUUUUGGAAUAUCGCAGUCUACUUUAUCACAGCCAAGUACUCAAUCAUUAAUAUAGUAGUGCUCUCAAAAAGCCAAAUGAGAUAACUGAAGUGUUGUUCUUCCCAUUUGUAAUGAAAGUCAGAUAUUACCUAAUCUGCUUACUUUUAUUUUUAUAAUUAUUUAACCAAACUCGGUUUACAGUGCUAUUUUUUGCAGAAAUUGCUUUGCUCGAGUUUAUCAUAUACAAAGGUCCUUUGUUUAGAUUACCUAAGCGAUUUAUUGAAUCAUUGGAGAAGAAAGCCAUUCUUUAAAAAUACAUUUCAAGACAGGAUUUCAUCCCUAUUGACCAAGCAUAAGAUUUAGUAUUUUCAGGAACACAAAAAAUAGAAUUUUAAAUAGAAAACUUUCAUAAAGAUAUGGAAUUGUCACCUGCUGGGUAUUAUUAUUUAUAAUUAUAAAAAGAUAAAUGAGCAGUUCUUAGGAGAAGGUUCCAACAGAGGAAGAGAGUAUGCAAAUUAAAUGA